UGCUAAGAAUCUAAAUCUACAGUUACAUAAAUCAUAAUGUAUUAGCGUAUAGUUUAAUAUUUCGUAAGUGUUAGAUUUGACUGAUAACUAUUUUAUUUCUAAUACAAGUUCUAGAAAAUGUUGUAACCUUUCUAAUUUGUCCUCUUGACCUAAAGUUCAAUUAUUUGAAUAAUACUAUUUUUCAUUGUUAAGAUACCUGCGUGUGGCAUUCCUGUACAAUCUGGAAAAACAUUUAUACAUGAAGUACUUUAUGAAUUGUGUUUAGUAAUGGCUAGUCGGUUGUCAUUGUAUUUUUGAAUUUUGAUUAUGUAGUUUGAAACAACCUUACCACGUGUUAGUAGUGUAGUUUGGUUUUAGAACUCUAACAAGUUGGUUAACCGUUCUUCAGAUAGUGGACCUGGCAACAUUAACUAGGGCCUGUAUAAUUGGUCUUGGAUCCUCAAUUAGAGGUAAUUAUUAUAUAUGAUCAUUUUACCAAUAUUUGUUAGUACAAAAGAUCCUCAAUUGUGCUUUUUAUAGUUCGUUGAUGAGAAGGUUCAAUGGUUGCAUAUUGGCAUGGCUGGUCCAGUUUGGAAUGAGAAGCAGCACUGUGCAGCAGGAUUUGGUGUUGCUACUUUAGUAGAAUGGGUUUUGAAGAACGUAUCUUAAAUGUCAACUGGAUUGUUGAACUAGUUUACUGCACUGCAUUAUAAGUAAACUAAAAAUUAGUUUACUGAACUGCACUUAACUAUGAGUGAACGAAAAACAGUUCAGUUUGCCCGAACUAUUUUUUAGUUCAGUUUAGUUCAGGCGAACUGUUUAGUGCCGUGUAGUAUACUUUGCCUACCCCUAUCUGUAACCACUUCUUUGGAUGCAUGAAUGUGUUGCUUUGGUGACUAUUAAAAGAGUGGAGGGGUGAACUUUGUAUAUGAGUCUUAUAGUGGUGUCGAUAUAGUAGUAUUCAAAGAAAUAUAAGGAUGCAAUCUUUGUUAUGUAAAAGGAACCUUAGUCCUUACCUGCAUGCAAGAGAGAUAAAGAUGCGAAGAUAUUUGAAACAUAGAAAAGCUUUGAUUGCAAACCCCAAAUACCAACUUCGAUUGCCUCACACUCAAAAUAACCGCCAUUCUCAACACAUCAACAACCACCCUCGUGGUCUUCAUGACCUUGUUCGUCUCUAUGCGGCACGCAAUCAAAUCGAACUUGCUCGUCACUUGUUUGACCAAAUUCCAAACCCAAAUGUUGUUUUGUGGAACAUGAUGAUCCGAGCUUAUGCUUGGACUGGCCCUUUUCAUCAAUCCAUUCAUAUGUACCAUCGCAUGUUGCAACUAGGUGUUACACCCAACAACUUCACCUUCCCUUUUCUUCUCAAAGCCUGUUCAGCUCUCCAAGCAAUUGAACUUGGGAGACAAAUACAUGACCAUGUCCUCACACUUGGCCUACAGGCCGAUCUCUACAUUUCCACUGCCUUGCUUGACAUGUAUGCCAAAUGUGGCAAUUAUUUUGAAGCACGCACAAUAUUUGACAGUAUGUCCCACAGGGAUAUUGUCUCAUGGAAUGCAAUCAUUGCUGGCUUUUCAUUUCAUGCUUUUUACAAUCAAACAAUUCACUUAGUUGUGCAAAUGCAGCUAGCCGGAAUAGCACCUAAUUCUUCCACUAUUGUAUCUCUUUUACCCACAAUUGGACAAGCUAAUGCCUUAUGCCAGGGGAAGACUGUUCACGCUUACUCUGUAAGAAAGAUCUUCAGUCAUGAUGUGGUUGUUGCAACUGGGCUAUUGGAUAUGUAUGCUAAGUGCCACCACUUAUCUUAUGCCCAGAAGAUCUUCAAUGCCCUGAACCAAAAGAACGAGAUAUGUUGGAGUGCUAUGAUUGGGGGAUAUGUCAUUUGUGACUCCAUGAGAGAUGCUUUGGCCCUUUAUGAUGACAUGGUGUAUAUGCAUGGCUUGAAUCCUACACCUGUCAUUCUUGCAAGCACACUUCGAGCAUGUGCAAAUCUCACUGAUCUGAAUAAGGGGAAAAACUUGCACUGUUACAUGAUUAAAUCAGGGAUUAAUUCAGACACAACAGUGGGAAACUCACUGAUAUCAAUGUACGCCAAGUGUGGGAUCAUGGAUGAUGCACUUGGAUUUCUUGAUGAGAUGGUUAUAAAAGACUCGGUUUCUUAUAGUGCUAUCAUUUCAGGAUGUGUGCAAAAUGGCUAUGCAGAAAAAGCUGUACUUAUUUUUCGCCAGAUGCAGUUAUCUGGGACUGACCCAGAUUCCGCGACCAUGAUAGGUUUGCUUCCAGCUUGUUCCCAUUUGGCCGCUGUACAACAUGGGAUCUGUUGCCAUGGAUACUCAGUUGUUAGAGGCUUCACUGCAAAUACCUCCAUUUGUAAUGCCAUCAUUGACAUGUAUGCAAAGUGUGGAAGGAUUCAUAUCAGUCGGCAAGUUUUUGAUAGAAUGAAAAAGAGGGAUAUUGUUUCGUGGAAUACAAUGAUAAUUGGUUAUGGCAUUCAUGGGCUAUACAUAGAAGCAUUUUCAUUGUUUCACGAAUUACUAGCAUCAGGCAUGAAGCCAGAUGAUGUGACCCUUAUUGCUGUUUUAUCUGCAUGUAGCCAUUCAGGACUUGUGACGGAAGGGAAAUAUUGGUUUAAUAGCAUGAGCCAAGAACUCAACAUCUCACCAAGAAUGGCACAUUAUAUAUGCAUGGUUGACCUCCUGGCCCGAGCAGGAAAUCUGGAUGAAGCGUACUCCUUUAUUCAAAAGAUGCCGAUGGAACCCGAUGUUCGUAUAUGGAGUGCAUUGCUCUCUGCAUGUAGGACCCGCAAUAAUGUUGAAAUAGGUGAACAGGUGUCAAAGAAGAUACAGAUGCUGGGACCUGAGGGUACUGGAAAUUUUGUUCUUAUGUCUAACAUCUAUAGUUCCGUGGGCAGAUGGGACGAUGCAGCACAUAUUAGAAACAUACAGAAGCAUCAAGGUUACAAGAAAAGCCCAGGAUGCAGUUGGAUUGAGAUCUCCGGGGUAAUCCAUGGAUUUAUUGGGGGUGAUAGAUCUCAUCCACAGUCAGUAUCCAUAAAUAACAAGUUACAAGAACUGUUGGUGCAGAUGAAAAGAAUGGGAUAUCAGGCAGAUUCUGGUUUUGUUUUCCAUGAUGUUGAAGAAGAGGAGAAGGAACAGAUUCUCCUUUAUCAUAGUGAAAAAAUAGCCAUUGCGUUUGGAAUUCUUAAUACCAGUCCUAGCAACCCCAUUCUAGUUACAAAAAAUUUGCGUAUAUGUGUUGACUGCCAUAAUGCAGUAAAAUUUAUGACUCUUAUAACAGAGAGGAGGAUAACAGUAAGAGAUGCAAGUCGAUUUCAUCAUUUUGAGAAUGGAGUCUGCAAUUGUCGGGAUUUCUGGUGAGAGAAAGAAAAGUUGGAGUUGCACCCCUUGCCACAAGUUCAUCCUGCACCCCUUGCUGCUUGAACCAGUUCAUUAGCACGGAAGAUCAGGUGUGUUUUUAUUUAUGAGAAAAGUGUAUAUUCUCAAUUCAAAAACGAGUAAUGCAUUUGUUUAGAAAACAAUUACAACCACGGUUUACAUUUAGCAUCUGCUAACCAGUAACGAAGUGAGCAAAGGUUCUAGCGGAGGGACAAGGAAACACGAAUGGCUACUGAAAAGACAAGAAACAAUAAAGAUGGAACGGCCACAGCAAGUUCGUAUUUGUUCUUCAACAUUUGGUGGAGUUUGGACUAGAUCAAAUUUCUUUGAGAAGUGCAUUGAAUAUCAUUUCCAAGGUGGUAGCGGUGCCAUGGACCGCACUCAUUUUUUGCUGUUGUAAAUGUAGUGCACUUUGUUGCAGAUAUUGCAAUAUUAUGAAUGGUUCAAUAUUAUGCUUCAGAGCAAUCAUGUGUGGUUCAUCUGUCUCGGUAACACUGAUGAAUCCUUAUUUGUUGUGUGAUAUUCUUCUAUUAUUAUCAUCCAGUGUCGAAUAUUAAAACAGUUUUUACUUGAAGGACAAAGUAAGAAAAACAUAGGAACAAGCAACAUCUUGUAGCUUUAGACAGCCCAGGUUUAGAAAAUUGUUGCCUUAUACAGUUCAGGCGAAAUGAAAUUAUGUUGUAAGUUCAUUUUGAUUUCUAGAAUCACAGACAAACAUGCCGAUUAGGGAUAUGGUACAAUGAUAUCUGUUUUUUUUUUCUUAA